GGAAACCUUACCUCGUAGACGUCCGCAAAUCCUUAAGAGAAUGGUGCAAUUCUUCUCAUUUAUCAACAACUGGUGAAUCUGACGAUAAGGUUGCAUACGAACAUCGACGCCGUCAAAGCCCUCCCUAUCAGGGGCGCACGAGCAGUCCCACCGUGCCCAACAGCGCCACGUAUCGACUGCCAGACCGACUGCGCCUGAUUCUGUCCUCCCCCCACUGUAGACCACUGACCAAAUCUGGUGACCUUUUAUAAUCCUGCCUGCUCCCAACCGCAUGGAUGACACCGUCCGACAGCAGCGACUCGUCUGGAGGGGAUCUCAUCUACACGCCUCCUGGGACUGAGUCGCCCCUACCUCUCUCCUCCACCUCCGCCGCGCCCUCCAAAGCCAAUUUACGUCCUUCGAGCCCCUUACGUCUAAACUCCCUUCCGCCAGCUAUAAAGGACGAAUUCCGGGCCGAACGACAACAAAUUCGAGGAGUGCAUUUUGAUCUGAAUGACGAGUCUAGAGACGACGAAGAGGACGACGAAAUGGACGGGAGAACGUCAAUGCACCGGCCUCUAGGGCCAGAGUCGCAUGAGCCGUUACUAGGGGAAGACAAACAAGCAAGCAACAGAGGUCGACCAGAAUCACCAAGUCUCCAUGGCUCUUCCAGACCAGCGGCCUCGUCUCGGAGGAGCACAUUUCGCUCGCGGUCACCCUCAUACGCCCAACCCGAAGACAUGGUACGGCGGAAGUACAUCUACGCCUCCUUUUUUCUCAUCCUCUCCCUCAUCUCCUUUGUCGUCCAGACGGAAACGGCGGUGUAUAUUCAACACGAACUGAAAUGGGACAAGGCGUACUGCAUGAUGUACUUGACACACGGCUCCUGGAUAUUCCUCUGGCCAGUCCAACUCCUCUUUCUCCGAAUACAGAAACGAAAACUCUCGUGGCCUGCGUUCUGGCGAAGACAUGUCUAUCUCCUCCGCUCCACAGCGCAGAUGGUCUGCUCUCAAGAACUACAUCUCUCAAAGUCCACCAUGUUGAUCUCCCCUUGGCCCUACAUGAUCAAAGCCACCGCCUUCAUUACCACGUUUCUCACCAUGGCUGGGGGAUCUUGGUACGUUGCUGUCAACUUGACCUCUCCUUCCGACCUCACCGCGAUCUACAAUUGCUCCGCCUUCUUUGCCUAUGUGUUCUCCAUAAUGCUCCUCAACGACAAACUGCGCUUCGACAAGGCUCUCUCGGUCGCACUCGCCAUCAUUGGCGUCCUUGUCGUCGCUUACGGUGAUAAAGAUGACAGCACGCCGGGUCCUGGCACGUCAAACCCUGGUGCUGAAAAGGGAUUCGGAACAAAACUUUUGGGAAAUAUCAUAAUUGGCAUUGGCUCAGUCGCGUAUGGUUUCUAUGAAGUUCUUUAUAAACGCUUCGCCUGUCCUCCCGAAGGCACUUCUCCGGGCAGGGGGAUGAUUUUCGCAAACACCUUUGGCAGCAUGGUUGGAUUUUUCACAUUGACUGUUCUCUGGAUCCCUCUCCCGAUCCUUCACUGGACUGGUCUCGAAGUAUUCGAGAUUCCCAGUGGUCGAGCAGCCAGCUUGCUCGCCAUCUCCACCCUCUCCAACGCAGUCUUCUCCGGCUCGUUCCUCGUCCUCAUGUCCCUCACAUCGCCGGUCCUGAGUUCUGUUGCCGCGCUCCUCACGAUCUUUUUGGUGGGCAUCACAGACUGGAUCAUCACCGGAAAACCGCUUAGUGCGGCGGCACUCGCUGGUUGCGGGUUGAUCGUUGUGGCGUUUGUCAUGUUAAGUUGGGCCACAUAUCGAGAGAUGAGAGAAGAACAGUUGAAAAGGGAGGAAGAGGAAGAGAAUAAAGUGUUUGAUGAUGACGAUGACGAGGAAGGUGAUGAAGAGCGAGUGUCAAACAAUAGACGGAGGGCCAGUUGAUUUACUUUGAUGAGUCGGACAGGUCCAACUCUUGUAUUUGCGAGGUCCAGUGAUCUUUGAUGAUGUUUGGCGGUCGCAUCCUGCAGGGCGCAGAGUGGGAAAUUUUGAAAGAGUGGCUCAAUAAGACGCCACGAGGCUACGGGGCAAUGCAUUGAAACCGGAUUUUGAAUGGGAGAGUGUGCCAGCACUUAGCUUCCAGGUACGGGGGGAGCGAGGAUCCAGGCUCCUGUCAAACUGGACAUGGAGGAUCUUUGAAGAAUUUUGCAUCUUCAGGCGUUGAGGACUACACUAUAUAUGUCACCUUACAUAUCGGGUUGCGGGCUUAGGCCAGAGAGCCAAGCAGGAGGUCAUAUAUACCCCAGGAAGAAUGUUUUCCUGAGAAGGGGACUCUCGGUCCGAAUAUGAACUGUCUAUUAGUGUAUCAACA